UGUACAUGUGGGGAUGUUGGCUCAUCCUCGUGUAAUUGCGGAUCUGCUGAAUAGGGUUACCCCGGAGGUGCGGCAGCAGUUUCGGCGACCGUGGCAGGAUAGGCCCUAUCGCCGAGCUCCUGCUGCACAGUCUGUGCAGAGGGUGAGGAGUGAUCAUCCAUUUUUUAGAGGGGCACAGCAGGUCUACCCGAUCCCAAGGGAAGACUGGGAGUCCGAGUGUGAGGUCCGCCCAGCUCCCGGGACUGGGUACCAGACCCAGCCAGAACCAGUGACCGUGAAGGUCAUUGACGCUCACUGGCACCCAACACGGAUGUCAGUGAGGUUGGCAUUGACGGCCCUCAAAGAAGAGAUUGCACACCUGCCAGGCGUUUCUGAUGUCCCUGUACAGGUCAUUGGGGGAGUGUGCAGUCUAUGUAGAUGGCCCGACUCCACCCACCGAUACUUCCCCAGAGCCAGGGUGGGUGACGGCUGUUGGUUUUCACCCAACCCAGGUGGCAGGGGUAACUGCUAGUAGUAUUCGGUCGCUGGUAGACCGGUGUGUGGGGAAUGGUUGGGUAAUCGGGGAAGUGGGCCUCGAUUACUUUAGGGGGUCAAACUGGGGUCACCAGAGGUGGGUGUUGGGUGAAUUCUGCCGCUUGGCGACUCCCCUCACCCCUUUGCUACUCCACCUUAGGGGAGCACCUUCUGACCCGAUGGGCCAGGAGCCGCUCCUUGACUGCCAGCACCUGCUGGAUCAAGUACGCACUCCCUUGUGGGUCCCGUUAUACCUCCAUUCGUUCACUGGGGGAGUUUCCCAGGUGGACGAAUGGUUGGCCACGGGGCGUGUUGUAUUUUUUGGGGUCAGUGGGCUGAUCCAGCACUUCACCUGGGGGCAACUCCCGGGAGUAAGGCAGAUCCCCACUGACCGACUGUUAAUUGAGACGGACAGCCCCCACCUCGGUGUUGAUCAGGGUGAGAUGACCCCUGGUCAAAUCGGGGUAAUCUACCGACGGGUGGCGGAGGUCCGUCAGGUGGAAGUUGGUGUGUUGGCCGAGCAGGUUGUGAGGAAUUUCAGCAUCCUGUUCGGUCAACAGUUACGUCAUUCUCCGCUCCCUUGAGUGAGCGGGGUAUCCUGUGACAAGAAUCAGAUACGCUUUGGGGAGUCCAGGGAGGACCCAUACAAUAUUAGGGCGCCGGAGCCAGAUAGUCCGGGAGAGCAGAGCGCCAGGGGCAGGAAGUCCGGAGGAGCCUGCAAUGAUGCUGAUCUGACUGUCGGGAACACAGCCGAGGAUCUUUUCAUUUGUGUUUUUAGACAAUUUGAUGUUUAAAAGACUUUUUAUAUACACAUCUUGCAAUUAACUGGUAUUGUACAUUUUUAGGUGGUAACCUUCCUUGUCUAUUAUGUAAAAUUGUUCCUAAAUGAUAUUGUAAAUGGCCUGCGCCUUGUCGGAAUUGGGUCAUUCCUCCACAAAAUGGGGGGGGGGGGUUUAAUGUAGUGUAUUUGAGGGGGGUGUUAUAUUUUUACAUUUGAGGUCGGGCUUGGGAGCCUGUGUAAUUAUUCUCCCUCUUCCGGAAUUUGCACCACGAGGCGCAGGCCACCAUCUUCACCAGCAGAGAUUUGUGUAAGGCAUUUGUUGU